CCCCCUUGUUUUCUUUUGUUUUCUCCUCCUCUCCUCCAUCCUCUCUUUCCAGUGAUCUCUUCUUCAGGGAUAGAGAGGAUUCUCUUUCUUUUCUUUUUUAAACUCCGUUUUAUUUCCUCCUCCAGCCUGGACUGCUUCUCUCUCUCUCUCUCUCUCUCUCUCUCCUCUGUCAGACCUUCUCUCAACCUGUGAGGCUGAUUUCGUUCAUAUUUUGAGGAGCGGGGGGGAGUGAGAGGUGUUACUUGGAGCUUCAGGGAGUUAUUGGAACGUGGCCGUUCUCUACGCGCCUGUGUGUGUGUGUUUUUUGGGGGGGGCAGAGAGGAGAGUAGUGAGGUGUGUGUGUGUGUGUGUGUGGGGUAAUGAUGGUUGUGCCGGUUGCCGGCGCUGCCGCUGCUGCACUCUCUCAGGCUCUUGAGCCCUGCCUCCUCCCCUCACCAUGAGCCUGGCUGUCCGAGUCUCCUGCUCCAUGCUCAACUGCUUCGGUGAGGAGGGCCCACCCAGUCUGGAGUACAUUCAGGCCAAGGACCUGUUCCCCCAGAGGGACCUGGUGAAGGAAGAGGAGAGCCUCCAGGUUCCCUUCCCAGUCCUUCAGGGGGAGGCAGUGGAGUAUCUGGGCCGCGCUGAUGACGCCAUCAUAGCCAUCUCCAACUACAGGCUGCACAUCAAGUUCAAAGACUCCAUUAUCAAUACAUACCCAGGUGUGGACAAUGAGAUUUCUGUGCCUCUGCGGCUGAUUGAGAACGUGGAGAGCAGAGAUAUGUUCCAGCUGCACAUCAUCUGCAAGGACUCCAAAGUUGUCAGGUGCCACUUCUCCACGUUUAAGCAGUGCCAGGAGUGGCUGAAGCGGCUGAACCGUGCCAUAGCUCACCCGUCGCGGCUGGAGGACCUCUUCGCCCUGGCCUACCACGCCUGGUGCCUCGGGGGCAGCGCCGACGACGAGGACCAGCACCUGCACCUGUGUCGCCCAGGAGACCAUGUUCUUCAGAGACUGGACGUGGAGGUGAAGAGAAUGGGCUUCGACAUGCAGAACGCCUGGCGAAUAUCUGACCUCAACAGCAACUACAAGUUGUGCUCCAGCUAUCCCCAGAAGCUGCUGGUUCCCGUGUGGAUCACAGAUAAGGAGCUGGAGAGUGUGGCCUCCUUCCGCUCCUGGAAGAGAAUCCCUGUUGUGGUGUACAGACACCAGAGGAAUGGCGCGGUGAUCGCCCGCUGCAGCCAGCCCGAGAUCAGCUGGUGGGGCUGGAGGAACACGGACGACGAGUACCUGGUCACCUCCAUCGCCAAGGCCUGCAUGCUGGACCGCGGCAACCGGGCCCUCGGAGCCCUCGCCGCUCUCACCAGCAGCAGCAGCAGCAGCAAAGCCCGGGGAGACGGGCCCGACAGCUCCGACAGUGACUUUGAUUCCUCGUUGACUGGAUGCCCGGGCCCCGAUGCCAACGUUGCACCACAGAAGCUGCUGAUCCUCGAUGCCCGCUCCUACACUGCCGCGGUGGCCAACCGUGCCAAGGGGGGCGGCUGCGAGUGUGAAGAGUACUACCCUAACUGCGAGGUUAUGUUCAUGGGCAUGGCAAACAUCCACUCCAUCAGGAACAGCUUCCAGGCGCUGCGGACGGUGUGCAGUCAGAUCCCGGAUCCUGGCAACUGGCUCUCGGCCCUGGAGAGCACCCGUUGGCUGCAGCACCUGUCCGUCAUGCUGAAGGCGGCCACUCUGGUGUGCUCGGCGGUGGAGAGGGAGGGCCGGCCGGUGCUGGUGCACUGCUCGGACGGCUGGGACCGCACGCCGCAGAUCGCCGCCCUCGCCAAGAUCCUCCUGGACCCCUUCUACCGGACCAUGGAGGGUUUCCAGGUGCUGGUGGAGACGGAGUGGCUGGACUUCGGGCACAAGUUCGGCGACCGCUGUGGGCACCAGGAGAACGCGGACGACGUGAGCGAGCAGUGCCCCGUCUUCCUGCAGUGGCUGGACUGCGUGCACCAGCUGCUCAAGCAGUUCCCGUGCCUGUUUGAGUUCAACGAGGCCUUCCUGGUGAAACUGGUGCAGCACACGUACUCGUGUCUGUACGGCACGUUCCUGUGCAACAACGCGCGCGAGAGGGAGGCCCGCAACAUCUACAAGCGCACCUGCUCCGUCUGGUCCCUGCUCCGCACCGGCAACAAGAACUUCCAGAACUUUCUCUACAUACCCAGUCAUGAUAUGGUGCUGCAGCCGGUGUGUCACACGCGCGCCCUGCAGCUGUGGACGGCCGUCUACCUCCCCACCUCGUCGCCCUGCACCGCCGCCGAGGACGCCAUGGAGAUCUACCUGUCCCCCUGCGGCCAGGGCGAGGAGCUCACCUCGCGCUCCCUCGACAGGCUUCCAAAGACGCGCUCCAUGGACAACCUGGUGUCGGCCUGCGAGAACGGGGUGGCGCUCACGCGCACGUCCAGCGACCCCAACCUCAACAAGCACUGCCAGGAGGGCCGCGUGGCCCUGGACGCCAUGGGCAGCCCCGCCGGCUCGCCCGCCGACGCCAGCCUGGAGGAGCACACGCCCGACACGGGCCUGGGCAGCGAGGACCCGGACGCCGACGUGGAGACGUGCGAGGAGACGCCGCCCCAGACGCCUCCGCCAACGAGCUUGAGCGCCAACGGCAACGCCGCGGUGGGGCCGACCGGCGACCAGGAGGCUCCUGCUGCGGGGACGCUGUUGUCGAGGGACGGGGACGAGCCGUGCUUGACCACGCAGCCGCUGCCCUGCCUCCCCCACCCGCUCUCCCUGGGCCAGGAGUGCGUCCCCGUGCCCACGCCGCCGGUCAUCCACCAGGCCCCCGCCGCCCGCUGUGCCAGCCCUCCUCUCCCACCUCCCCUGCCCAAGCAGGAGGUGCUGCCCUGGACUGCCAAUGGCGGCGACGCUCCCUUCUCAACUCUAGCUGCUCCUGCUGCUGCUGCUGCUGCUGCUGCUGCUGCUGCUGCUGCUGCAGACGCCAGCGCUCCUCAUCUCCCCGACCUCAACGGCUUCUCCCACGCAGGCAACGAGGAGGAAGAGGAGGAGGUGGAGAAGGAGGAGGAGGAGGAGGAAGAAGUGGAGGUGGAGCCUGAAGAGCUUCUGGAGGGGUGCACGGCCGAAGCCAAGGAGCUCCUGGCCAUCAAGCGCCCGCUGCGGCCCACCCUGCUGGAGGACUCCACCGAGACCCUGACCGAGCAGAGCGCCAUCCCGCCCCAGCGGCCCCCGCUCCGGAGGACCAGCUCAGGCGAGGCCCAGGCUCCAACCCAGCACCAGCACCAGGCCCAGCACCAGGCCCCAGCUCAGCCCCAGCCCCAGCCCCAGCCCCGGCCGCUGCCCCAGGGCAGCUCCAGAGAGGAGGGCAGAAGGACUGAGGGCCCGUGCAGAGGAGGGGAGCUGGUGGCGGUGCGCGGCGAGCAGCGCGUCGUGCCCGAGUGUGCCCGGGCCGCGCGCAUCCGCCUGGUGUCCCAGAGCCAGCUGAGCGACUUCACGCUGCUGGGCUCCCCGUGGGGCAGCGUGCAGGGCCUGGUGCAGUCGGCGUGCGGCGGCGCCCUGCAGCAGGGCGGCUACCAGAGCCGGCGGCUGGCCAGCAAGCUGCUGCGCGCCCAGGGAGCCUCCGCCAACGGCGCCAACGCCAACGGCCACUGCUGCCGCCGGGACCGAGACCGAGACCCGUCGGGCCGCUCGUCGUCGUCGUCGUCCGCGGCCAACGGCACCGGCACGGGCCCCGGCUCCGGCUCGUCCAGCUGGCUGUCGACGGUGAAGAGCUCGGGCUACGCCGCGCUGUGCGCCUCCACGGCCUCGUCGGGGCCGUACGUGCGCCAGCUGCUGGCCGCCGCGCAGCACUCCUCCUCCUCCUCGCCGUCGGUCGCUGGCGCCUCCCCCCCUCCUCCUCCGUCGGCCUCGUCUCUGGUGGCGGGUGGAACAACGGCGGCGGCGGUGCUGCAGGUCCAGGCGCCCGCCUACCUGGACGACGACGGGCUGCCGGUGGCGCUGGACGCGGUGCAGCAGCGGCUGCGGCAGAUCGAGGCCACGUACAAGCAGGAGGUGGAGCUGCUGCGCCGGCAGGUCAGGCAGCUGCAGAUGAGGCUGGAGAGCAAGCAGUACUGCACGCCGCCCUCCGAGCCCGACAUGGACUACGAGGACGACAUUACGUGCCUGAGGGAGUCAGACGACAGUGCCGAGGAGGACUCCCUGUCUGACCACAGCGAGGACCGCUUCAGCGAGGGCAGCUGGGAUCGCAUCGAGCGGAAGGACACAGAGGUCAGCGCCCCUCAUAGCCUUCUGCAGGUUACACGGUGGGUUCCCGAUCAUAUGGCCUCACAUUGCUUUAACUGUGACUCCGAGUUCUGGAUUGCCAAGAGACGCCAUCACUGCAGGAACUGCGGCAACGUGUUCUGCAAAGACUGCUGCCACCUGAAGCUGCCCAUUCCGGACCAGCAGCUGUACGACCCGGUGCUGGUGUGCAACACCUGCCACGACCAGCUGCUGGAGUCGCGCAUGCGCGAGAUCCGCAGCCAGCAGCUCAAGAAGCCCAUCGCCACCGCCUCCAGCUGAGGGUCUCCCUGAACCUCGCGACCUGACCUGCCCUGCCCCCCCACCCCCACCCCCCCCCCCCCCCCCCAAAAAAAAACAACCCCCCUCUACUCGGGCCUGGUGCAGUUUGGCCUGGCACUGCUCACCGUUGGUUGAGCCCCCAGAUGCGCAUUCGACCUCUUUGGCUGGGGAGCCCCAAACCCACCCCCACCCGCUCCCCGACCCCCACCCACACCUACUGAUCACACACACCCCCCACCAACGUCCCCCACGUGAAACUAUCCUUGCGGGUGAUGACACUGAGGUGGUGGAGUGAAGAGAACUCGGAGGUUCUUUGAGGAGUUGGUCUGCAUUGGAUUUUGGACCGCUCUGAGAUGGACAAUGACUGGAACAGCUGGACAGAGAAGGACAAAGAGAGUUUGAAAUGGGUGGAUAGGUGGGGAGGGGUGUUUUUUGUGAAAUGGCGGUUGUCCUUGUGAAGCUCCUGCUUUGGUAGACAGCACCUCCAGGCCGAGGAGGUUGCAGCGUCCUGCUGGCCCCUGGCUCUGGCCCUCUGUGCGGGGGAGUAGGGCUGUCUCCUUACAGCGCCCUCUGCUGGACUGGUGGAGAAGCCUUCAGCUCGAACUGGAGCUCCCCUUGUUCCAGCAUCCUUUUAACCUGGACAUCAGUGACACCAUGACCUGCCCCACUGCUUGCACGCUCACACACACACACACACACACACACACACACACCAUAAACAAACACAACCACACACCUCAGAGGACAAUCUCUCACAUCCCCUGAAGUUUGAAACUUUGAAGCCUUUCGUUCAUCAUACUGGAGGCAUAACUAUUUAAAGAAAAAAAAAAGAAAAUGCUGCUAAAGUAUUGAAAAAAUCUAAUUUUUUUUAUUCUUAUUAUUUUGUGCACUACACAUUUGUUAUAUAUUUGAGGGAAUUUGAGACCAAACCCAAGCAAAGGGAUACAUCUGCUGUUUACUUGCUGUCGUGUGUGGUUGUGGGCUCUGCAAUGCUUGAAUGUAAUGUUUGUGAUUGGGGAGUGCGAUGUUUGUGAUUGGGGAGUGUGGACUAUUUGGGGGGAGGGGCUACUGAGAGGCUCAAUCAUUCAUAUUCACGUGCAUUCAGUGAGCUGUGUGUGUGUCCGUUUCUGCAGUUUGCCUUUAUUAUUGGGUGAAGAAAAAAGGUCAUGCACCGUUAACGCUUUUUUUUUUUUUUUUACAUUAAGCUAAAUUUGAAAGCAGAUUGUUUAAAGGUUGUUUUCCCCAGAAUCCAGAAUACAAUACUCAUAUUCAACAGGGCGACAUGUUGUUCCAAUUUUGACAACUUGAGGGAGCCAAAUGACGAGAAAAAAAAAAUCACAAAGUCAAAACAACAUAACUUGGGGGUUUUUUUGUCUUUUUUAAGUUCUAACUAACGUUAAGUUCACCAUCUGGGUUUUUGUAAUGCAUUCGGAAGGUAAAGGUGAAGCCCACAUACUUUUGCACGAGGGGAUGUUUGUGAGAGAUUUCCGUACGUCCUUGUUUCGCUUUGUCUGCUGUCUCCGAAUGUGAUAUGUCAUGACAUGGUGUCAUCAUGCACUCAAUAUCACUAUGAGUUUCAGUUACUUCCUUUUCUAAAAAUUGGCUGUGGUUCCCAAAACAUUGGUGUACGUGUUGUUGAAUGGUGUUCCUUGAAAAAAAGACUAUAUAUAGUGCCAUCUUUUAUUUUGUUUUGUUUUUUAAGCCUUUUUCUCAUGGAUUACACUUGGUUACUAAUUGGUAACUGCUCGAUAUGUUAAUGGUACAAAAAUAGCUAGCUGCUUUAACAAUGAGAAAAUAACUUUGUAAGUUCAACAGGGUUGUCUGUUGGAUCUUGAAGUCAUGAUAUUCACUGAAAGAUGACAGUAGGAUACCGAAUCCUUAUGAUUCAAACGAUACCUAUUGUUUUCUAUCUUUCUUUGUUCUGGUGUUAAUGAAGGAAUGAUGAUAUGAAAGAAAAAAAGACCCCAGAAGUGUAACAUAGCGCUCUGAUCUAGUGACUAAAAGGUGUCACUUAGUCAAUAAUUGUUUUCAGGAAAUGCACUGUACAAGUUAAAUCCUAUGGGGUAAAUAAAGUAUAUAUCUGUAUCAUC